CCAAGAACGGAACCGCCUAAUCAAUUGUUAGGGUUUUUGUUUUCAGUAUUCCAAAUUAAACCUCUGAAGAUGAAGUUGGUUUUGGAUGAUGCUGAAGACCUUUCCACACCAGUAGAAACGAGCCGGAAACUUGGUGAUGAAAUUGAUGAUGGCGAGAAGGAAGAGCGGCCAUUGGAUGGAUCUGACGAUGAUGAUAUAUUUGUUCGAGAAGCGUUUUCCAGGGAGCCUACUGCUGACGAGUUAAAUUGGUAUAAAAUGCAGAAGGGAAAACCUGCUGAGAUCAGUACACAAACCUAUUCUGAUUCUGAAGACGAGGAUUUGUUCCAAGAAGAGAUGAGCAAAUACUCAAAACAGGUUAAGGACAGCAAGGGCUUUGAUGUUGAUGACUUUCCCUAUUUAAGAUCUAGAUGUGUAAUGGGAUUAAUUAAGCCAGUUCUCCAACUCUUCACCAACACCCCCCUACUAGAGACUGUCAACAAGCUCACAAAGUUAGCAAUUACAGACUACAAUAGUAAAAGUGGUGAAUGUUACAGGGUUGUGAAGGUUGUGAAGGCAAAUUUAAAGAUGGUUGCUGGUUUCCUUUUUUAUAUUACUUUUGAGGCCAAGAUUGCUGAUGACGAGCAGCCUAUAGAGUUUCAAGCUAAGGCUUUAGCGGGAGUUGAAGAGGACCAGGUUUAUUCAUGUUGUCCUAAACCUACUCCUUGAUCAAGGUAAAGAGUGAAAGACAAAACUAUAUAUGAUAGUGGAUGCCACAUGUAACCUAAAAGUCCCAUUACUUCUUCAGUACUACAAGUUCAGUCUCCUAUAUAUACAUAGUCACCUCAUCUCCACAUAUAUUUGUCAUCUGUAAUCAUCAAAUUUAUUUGCUAUAUAAACAAUGAAUGUAAAAGAAGCUGCAGUUUUCUGUUCUCUAGUAAACUGUCGUCUUCAUUUUUUAUUUUGUGCCUGUGAAACUUUUGCACUCUUUAAUUGAUAAAUUUAUUGUUAUUA